CAGUCUUCCCAUUGGUGACAAAAGCAAAUAUUCGCUCCUCGGCACACGCACAUCGAGCACUGUUAAUAAAUCAUCUGACCAGAGAGGAGGCAUUACCCAGAGGAUAUAUAGUUAUUGAUAUUUAAAAAAAGCUUUCCUUUAAACUUGUAGUUCCUAAUCACAGAACUCCUCCCGGGAAAAUGGAAGAUUUGGGAAAAGUGUUUUCAUUUAUUCACAGGUUCUCAGUCAUGUUUGACUCCUUGGUAAAGUGGAGCGGAACGUUUAAUCGCGUAAUUGGACUAGUUCGUUGUUUCAGUGCGUGAGAUGAAAAAGGUCUACGAUGAUUUUGGCUUUGAAUUAACUAUGGGCGCGCAUAUUCUGGAGUCCAACUCCAGCGGCAACUUGACUCCUGCGGUGUCUGAGGCUGGGACCGUCCUCCCGGGCUACCUGGCGGUGAUCUUAUCGGUCCUCAUGGUGACUCUAGUAGUCGUUGUGGUGGCUGGAAACGCGCUGGUCAUCAUGGCUUUUAUUGUGGAUAAAACCUUGAGAAAUCAAAGCAACUACUUCUUCUUGAACCUUGCUAUAUCUGAUUUUCUAGUGGGUGCCUUCUGCAUCCCGGUGUACAUCCCGUACAACCUGACAGGCCGAUGGAUGCUGGGCAAGGGUCUCUGCAAGGUGUGGCUGGUCAUGGACUACCUGCUCUGCACUGCCUCCGUCUUCAAUAUUGUCCUCAUUAGUUAUGACCGCUUCCUGUCAGUCACAAGAGCAGUUAAAUACAGAGCUCAGCGAAACAUGACCCGCCAGGCUGUGUUUAAGAUGGUGGCGGUGUGGGUACUGGCCUUCCUCCUCUACGGUCCUGCCAUCAUCUUCUGGGAGACCAUCGUCGGCCAGAGUGUCGUCCCGGCACACGAGUGCUACGCCGAGUUUUAUUUCACCUGGUACUUCCUGCUCAGCGCUUCUACCUUUGAGUUCUUCACCCCGUUUGUGUCUGUGGCGUUCUUCAACCUCAGCAUUUACCUGAACAUCCAUCGCAGGAACAAGAAUGGAGGCGCCUGUGCUGAGGACGACGCCAAGACGCAGAGGAUCGGUAAGAAGCGCAGAGAUGGAGGUGGCUGGUCUGUGUUUUUUGUCAAGACUCGGAAGGUAUCGUCCAGCGAGCAUACUGCUAUCUCUGCAGUUAUCGAGGACGACGAUGUCCUGUCCCCUUCCUCCAGUGGGGACCCUAAUACAAGUCAGAUAUUCAUGCAGAGGGAGAAGUUCUCUCCCAACAGAAAAAACUCCAGGCUGUUUCAGCACACGGCCUCCUGCAUGGCACCUGGCCGUAGAACACAGGGAUCUCGACUUUCACGGGACAAAAAGAUUGCCAAAUCUUUAGCCAUUAUUGUGUGCACUUUUGGGAUUUGCUGGGCUCCAUACACUCUACUAAUGAUUAUUCGCGCCGCCUGUAGUGGUGCUUGUGUGGCGAACUACUGGUACGAUAUUACAUUCUGGCUUCUGUGGCUGAAUUCUGCCAUCAACCCGUUCUUGUACCCUCUGUGCCACAGCAGCUUUCGAAGGGCUUUCUCAAAGAUCUUGUGUCCUAAAAGACAAUCAGUCCAGCCUCAGAUUGAGGCUCAGUCGUGUUAGAUGAACUCAAUUGCACUUUCAUGCUUUAUGAAUGCAGUAACUGUUGUCGGUCAAACACUGUAAAAAAAAACAACAAAACAAAACAUAUAUAUAUAUAUAUAUUACUGUUCUUCCAUCCAAAACAAACAAACAAAAAAAAUCUAGUUAUCAAAAGUAAGAGCUGUUUGCAUUAAAGUGUCUUGUGCGAGGAUUAUCACAUCAUAUAUGACAGCAAUAUGACAAUUCAUACAGUGA